UUUCUUCUGUUCAACUUCUCUUUUGUCAGGAACUGAUCUACAAAGAGGAAGAUGUUUUCCGUACGUGUUCUCCUCGUUUGGGCUCUUGCACUGCAUCUCUGUAGAUCGUUGGGAUGUGGGGCCCCUCUGCUGGCUCAAGAUGAAGUGGACGCUCUUCAGGAAAUUGCAACAACACUCAACAGACCAACUUGGAAUUUCAGCGUCGAUCCCUGUAGUGGUGAAUCCAGCUGGGUUACACCUAACACCAACAGAGAGGGUGGAAAUAGCUCGGUCCAGUGUAACUGCACCACAAUCUGCCAUGUCCGGGUCAUAAUUCUUACGCAGUGGAAUCUUCCUGGAGCGCUUCCGCCACAACUGGCCAGACUUCCCUUCCUCCGCGAAAUACAUCUCAAUCGUAACUACCUCAACGGUACAAUACCUACACAAUGGGCGACCAUGCAAUUGCAGCGAAUGACUUGUUACUGCAGUUCUCUCGGUGUGAACCGCAUAUCAGGGCCAAUCCCAAAGGAACUUGGAAACAUCACCUCCCUCACCAGUCUUGUCAUCGAGGCUAACCAGCUAUCUGGAGAUCUUCCUCCGGAACUCGGGAAUCUCACCAACCUAGAGAGAUUGAUGAUUUCCUCAAACAACUUUACGGGGGAGUUGCCAGAGUCGCUUGCAAAGCUCUCAAACCUCAAGGACCUUAGGAUAAGCGAUAAUCGUUUUACUGGAAAGAUACCUGAUUUCAUUCAAAACUGGAAACGACUUGAGAGAUUAGAGAUACAAGGAACCAAUAUGGAAGGGCCAAUUCCUUCUGGCAUUUCUGGUUUGGAGAACUUGAUCCAACUAAUUAUCAGUGACAUAAGUGGAAUGGAAUCAGAUUUUCCCGAACUGAGUGAUAUGGCAAACAUUAGGACCCUGAUAUUGCGGAAUUGCAAUAUUAUUGGAGAGAUACCUGCAUAUAUUGGAGAAAUGAGACUCCUGGAUUUUUUAGAUCUUAGCUUUAACAAGUUGGCGGGAAUGAUUCCAAGCACCUUUAGAAGCCUACCACAAGUGGAUUUCCUUGAAUCAAUGACAUGGCUUUUGAUUAGGUAUUUGACUAGCAAUUUGCUAACUGGAUCUGUAGAAGACUGGAUGAUUAAUAAGCCAGCAAACAUUGAUCUUUCUUACAAUAAUUUUACAUGGGGAAGCCAUGUGCCACUAAAUUGUCAACAAGGAGGAACAAACUUGUUUGGAAGCUCUUCUAUAGGGAACAACACAAGUGGAGUUUUUCCAUGCUCAAAAAAGAUCUUUCCCUGUACAAAAUAUCAUUAUUCUUUGUAUAUAAAUUGUGGUGGAGAUGAUGUAACUAUAAACAAAAACACCACAUAUGAAGCAGAUCGAGAAUUAGUUGGGGCUUCGACUUUUGUUUUAAGUGAUGGAAGAAAUUGGGCACUUAGUAGUACUGGAAAUUUCGUUAAUGAUGAAAAACCUAUAGACAGCUACAUAGCAGAGAAUAAAUCCAUGCUCUCUAUGCCUAACUCUGAGUUGUACACUAAGGCACGGCUUUCUCCCAUGUCCCUCACUUAUUAUGGGCUUUGUCUUCUAAAUGGAAACUACACCGUGAAGCUCUACUUUGCAGAGAUAACCAUCACAGAUGGCAGAACAUAUAGCAGCCUUGGAAAGCGCAUAUUUGAUGUUUACAUUCAGGGAGAGCUGGUAUUGAAGGAUUUCAAUAUCAAAGAUGAAGCUGGUGGUUCUGGUCGAGCAGUCGUGAAGAAUUUUACUACUGUUCCUGUGUCUAAUAACGCUUUGGAGAUCCGUUUCUGUUGGGCGGGGAAAGGGACACAAAUUGUCCCAGAUAAAGGAACCUAUGGCCCUCUCAUUUCAGCAAUUUCUGUUGACCCUGAAUUUACACCUCCAAAAAGUGGCAAGGGGAUCUCUGCUGGUGUUGUAGUCGGGAUUGUAGCUUCAGUAUUAUUUCUUUCUUUCUUGUUUUUGUUUUUCCUCUGGAGGAAAGGCUUUCUGGGAGUCAAAACCACAAAGAACCAAGAUCUCAGAGAUUUAGAUCUACAAAUUGGUUUGUUUACCUUAAGACAGAUUAGAGCUGCCACUGGCAACUUCAACAUUUCAAACAAGAUUGGGGAAGGUGGUUUCGGUCCUGUUUACAAGGGUCUAUUAUCAGACGGUACUUCAAUUGCAGUGAAACAGCUUUCAUCCAAAUCAAAGCAAGGAAGCCAUGAAUUUGUGAAUGAAAUAGGCACGAUAUCUGCUUUGCAACACCCAAAUCUCGUAAAACUUUAUGGAUGUUGUAUCGAGGGAGAUCAACUAUUGCUAGUUUAUGAGUACAUGGAAAAUAAUAGCCUUGCUCGUGCUCUGUUUGGCCCAAAUGAACAUCAAUUGCAGCUUGAUUGGCCAACAAGGCACAAGAUUUGUGUUGGUAUAGCAAGAGGUCUGGCUUAUCUCCAUGAAGGAUCGAGGCUGAAAAUUGUUCAUAGAGACAUCAAAGCCACCAAUGUACUGCUCGAUCGGGAUCUUAUACCAAAGAUAUCUGACUUUGGUCUGGCAAAGCUUGGUGAAGAGGAGAAGACCCACAUUAGCACUCGAGUAGCUGGAACUAUGGGCUAUAUGGCACCAGAAUAUGCAAUGCAUGGUUACCUGACUCAGAAAGCAGACAUUUACAGCUUUGGGGUUGUUGCUUUGGAAAUUGUCAGUGGGAAGAGCAUCACAAAUUUCAGGCCAGAUGAGAAUCACAUUCAUUUGGUGGAAUGGGCAUAUAGUCUGCAAGAGAGAGGAAGUCUAAUGCUGCUUGUUGAUCCGAAGUUGGGGUUGGAAUUCAACAAGAAAGAGGCAAUUGUGAUGAUCAAUGUGGCACUCUUAUGCACCAAUGCAUCACCUGUACCUAGGCCAGCCAUGUCUGCUGUAGUUAGCAUGCUCGAAGGACGGAGUGAUGUCCAAGAUUCGAUUCCGAAUUCAAGUUUUUCCAGUGGUUAUUGGAAGCAUAGCACCAGUAGCAGUCGUUACGAAGAGAUCCAAAGCCAGAGCAUGAGUCCUAGCCUGGGCCAAACCCUGAUUGUGUCAACGGGUCAACGAGAUAUCGAUCUCUCCAGUCAAGGUAGAUUCCCAGUAUCUGAAUAUUGCCUGUUGGCUGAAAUUAAAAUUCUGCACAUGAAAGUAGAGUCUCAACGGUGCAAGAUAAUCCUUAGUGAGUGUUGCUGCCACAAGUAUGGCGCUGCUGUCACUGCUAUUCUGCUGCUAAAGUUCAUGCUACCGGCAUCAACAGACCAUCAUGAGGAGCAAUGUGCUGUUGCUGCCUCUGAUCCGAGCCAGCUAUCAGGUGUUUCUGACCAAUGUGUGGAGGCUCUUAAGGAAAUUGCAACAGCACUCAACAGACCAACUUGGAAUUUCAGCGUCGAUCCCUGCAGCAGAGAUCCUAGCUGGGUCACGCCUAACACAGAGAAGAAGUAUGCCAAUAGCUCCGUCAGUUGUAACUGCACCGAAGUCUGCCAUGUUACGGUCAUAGUCCUCCAACGUUGGAAUUUUUCUGGAGUGCUUCCACCACAACUGGCCAGCCUUCCCUACCUCCGCCAAAUAGAAAUUAAUCGUAACUACAUCAACGGUACAAUACCUACACAGUGGGCUUCCAUGCAGUUGCAACGAAUCUCUCUCGGCGUGAACCGCAUAUGGGGGCCAAUCCCAAAGGAACUUGGAAACAUCACCUCCCUCACCAGUCUUGUUAUCGAGGCUAACCAGCUAUCUGGAGAUCUUCCUCCAGAGCUCGGGAAUCUCACCAACCUAGAGAGAUUGAUUAUUUCCUCAAACAACUUUACGGGGAAGUUGCCUGAAGAACUUGCAAAGCUCUCGAACCUCAAGGACUUUAGGAUAAGCGAUAAUCAUUUUACUGGAAAGAUACCUGAUUUUAUUCAAAACUGGAAACGACUUGAGAGAUUAGAUAUACAAGGAACCUAUAUGGAAGGGCCAAUUCCUUCUGGCAUUUCCCAUUUAGAGAACUUGAUCCAACUAAUUAUCAGUGACAUAAGUGGAAUGGAAUCAGUUUUUCCCCAACUGAGUAAUAUGGCAAACAUUAGGACCCUGAUAUUGCGGAAUUGCAAUAUUAUUGGAGAGAUACCUCCAUAUAUUGGUGAAAUGAGUCUACUGGAUUUGUUAGAUCUUAGCUUUAACAAGUUGGCGGGAACGAUUCCAAGCACCUUUAGAAGCCUACCACAACUGGAUUUUAUGUAUUUGACUAGCAAUUUGCUAACUGGAUCCGUACAAGACUGGAUGAUUAAUAAGCCAGCAAACAUUGAUCUUUCCUACAAUAAUUUUACAUGGGGAAGCCUUGUGCCACUAAAUUGUCAACAAGGAAGAACAAACUUGUUUGGCAGCUCUUCAAUGGGGAACGACACGAGUGGAGCUUUUCCAUGCUCAAAAAAGAUCUUUCCCUGUUCAAAAUAUCAUUAUUCUUUGUAUAUAAAUUGUGGUGGAGAUCGAGUAACUAUAAACAAGAACACCACAUAUGAAGCAGAUCGAGAGCUGUCCGGCACUUCAACCUUUGUUUUAAGCGAUGGAGGAAACUGGGCACUUAGUAGCACUGGAAACUUCGUUAAUGAUAACAGACCUAUAGACAGCUACAUAGCAGAAAAUAAAUCCAUGCUAUCUAUGCCUAACUCUGAGUUGUACACUAAAGCACGGCUUUCUCCCAUUUCCCUCACUUAUUAUGGGCUCUGUCUUCUAAAUGGGAACUACACCAUAAAGCUCCACUUUGCAGAGAUAAUCUUCACAGAUGACAGAACAUAUAGCAGCCUUGGAAAGCGCAUAUUUGAUGUUUACAUUCAGGGAGAACUGGUAGUGAAGGAUUUCAAUAUCAAAGAUGAAGCUGGUGGUUCUGGUCAAGCAGUUGUGAGGAAUUUUACUACUGUUCCUGUGACUAAUAACACUUUGGAGAUCCGUUUCUGUUGGGCGGGGAAAGGGACACAAAUUGUCCCAGAGCAAGGAACCUAUGGCCCUCUCAUUUCAGCAAUUUCUGUGGACCCUGGUAUGAUGCGUGUUUUGUACAAGUGUAUUGUUCUCAUUAUCUUUGUAGUUCAGGUAAAUCUGAAUGUUUGCAUUGGUCCACUUUUUUUCUUUCAUUCAUUGUUUGAUAUUGUUCUUUGUGCAGAAUUUACACCCCCAAAAAGUGGCGAGGAGAUCUCUACCGGCGCUGUAGUCGGGAUUGUAGCUUCAGUGUUAUUUCUUUCUUUCUUGUUUUUGGUUUUCCUCUGGAGGAAAGGCUUCCUGGGAUGCAAACCCACAAAGGACAAAGAUCUCAGAGAUUUAGAACUACAAAUCGGUUUUUUUACCUUAAGACAGAUUAGAGAUGCCACAGGCAACUUUCACAUUUCAAACAAGAUUGGGGAAGGUGGUUUCGGUUCUGUUUACAAGGGUCUAUUAUCAGAUGGUACUUCAAUUGCAGUGAAACAGCUUUCAUCCAAAUCAAAGCAAGGAAGCCGUGAAUUUGUGAAUGAAAUAGGCAUGAUAUCUGCUUUGCAACACCCAAAUCUUGUAAAACUUAAUGGAUGUUGUAUCGAGGGAGAUCAACAAUUGUUAGUUUAUGAGUACAUGGAAAAUAAUAGCCUUGCUCGUGCUCUGUUUGGCCCAACAGAAUAUCAAUUGCAACUUGAUUGGCCAACAAGGCACAGGAUUUGUAUUGGUAUAGCAAGAGGUCUGGCUUAUCUCCAUGAAGAAUCGACGCUGAAAAUUGUUCAUAGAGACAUCAAAGCCACCAAUGUACUGCUUGAUCGGGAUCUUAUACCAAAGAUAUCUGACUUUGGUCUGGCAAGGCUUCGUGAAGAGGAGAAGACCCACAUUAGCACUCGAGUAGCUGGAACUAUGGGCUAUAUGGCACCAGAAUAUGCAAUGCAUGGUUACCUGACUCAGAAAGCAGACGUUUACAGCUUUGGUGUCGUUGCUUUGGAAAUCAUCAGUGGGAAGAGCAUCACAAAUUUCAGGCCAGAGGGGAAUCACAUUCAUUUGGUGGAUUGGGCAUAUGGUCUGCAAGAGAGAGGAAGUUUAAUGGUGCUUGUCGAUCCAAAGUUGGGGUUGGAGUUCAACAAGAAAGAAGCAAUUGCAAUGAUCAAUGUGGCACUCUUAUGCACUAAUGCAUCUCCUGUACUUAGGCCAGCCAUGUCUGCUGUAGUUAGCAUGCUCGAAGGACGGAGUGAUAUCCAAGAUCCUAUUCCGAAUUCAAGUUUUUCCAGUGAUUAUUUGAAGCUUAGAUCCAAUAGCAGUGGUUACCAAGAAUUCCAAAGCCACAUAACAAAUCCUAGCUCGGGCCAAACCCUGAUGGUGUCAACAGGUCACCAAGAGAUCGAUCUUUUGAGUGAAGUGGAUUCUCAGCCUCUCAAUGACAGCGAGUAGAUGUCAGUAGAUUAUUUUCGUUUUUGGAGUUUUGACA